AUAAUAGUUUCUUACGCUAUGAAGAUCUCUGUGUUCGGAACAAACAAAAUCGAUGUCCGAGCAAUUACCUUUCCUUUUUAAUGAGAAGAAUGAAAGAUUUUAAACAGGGAAGAAAUUUUAUGAGGUAUCCUUACGAGAGAAAACAAUUCCACGUAGAAUUAACUGCUGUAAAUUUCGGAGGAGUAUCAACAAAUGACGACGGCUACGUCCAAGAUUUCAAAGCAUUUCGUUUGAUUUACUUCUUGGAUAAUAACUCAAGAGAAGGAAAGUUGGCUUUAAAAUGGGAAAGAGCAGUUUUGGAGACGUUAACCAAUGUAAAGCUUCAACAUAUUGAAUUUUUUACGUACGCUGGACAAACUAACGACGUAGAAGCGAACAGAAACACCGAGUUAAGUUUCCCACUUUUACUUAUUUCUGGAGUCAUUAUGACAUCAUUCUCUUUCGUGUCUUGUUUAACGUUCGAUGCUGUAAGAAGUAAACCGUUGAUUGGAAUUGCUGCCUAUUUCAGUCCCUUGCUGGGAACAGUAGCUGCCUUCGGUUUACUGUUACAUUGUAAUGUAGAAUACGUUGAUGCGAACGUUGCUGUUGCUUUCCUGACCAUAGGCAUUGGGAUGGACGAUUCUUUCGUAUUGCUGGCUGCUUGGAGACGAACGGAUAGAAACCACAGUGUCAAACAAAGAAUGAGUGAAACCUUUUCUGAUGUUUCUAUUUCCAUAACGAUAACCUCAUUAACCAAUUUUAUAUCAUUCAUUUUAGGAGUUAUAACUCCUUAUAGAAACAUUCGUAUCUUCAGUAUAUACAGCGCCAUUUCCGUGUUAUUCGACUAUAUUUAUCAAAUAUUUUUCUUUGGUGCGGUGAUGGCAAUCGACGGUUACAGAGAAAAGCAUAACCUUCAUUCUCUAUUUUUAUAUCCGGUUCGAAAAGAUACGGCAGAAAGAAAAUCAACCAGCAAGAAAAAUGUUUUGAAGUUUUUCAAGUCUAUAAAAAAUUUUCCCGAAUAUCUGGAUACUUUUCUGAGUAACAAAGUUACGAAAAUAAUAGUAAUAUUUUCAUCCAUUUCUCUAUUAGCAGGAGCAAUUUACAAUAUUAAUUCAAUAAAACAAGGUCUAGAUUAUGCUGAUAUUUUUCCAUUUAACUCAUACGCUGCUAAAUAUACCAAAGUAUAUUAUCAAUAUUUCACCGAAUAUCCUCACAGAGUACAACUAGUGUUUAAUCAAACUCUCGACUACUCAAAUCCAACUGUUCAAAUGGAUAUAGAAAACAUUUUAAGAACAUUCGAAAGUGCUCCUUACAUGACUGGAUCCAAUUUCACAGAAUGUUGGUUGAGAGAAUAUUUGACUUAUAUUCGCGAUUCUAGAAUAAAUUACAUGAUUAAAGAUUUUGAUGUAAAUACAACGCAGGGAUUUCUAGAAGGACUGAAAAAGGUGUUUUUUAGAUUUAAUAGUGGAAUAUUUGAAAGUGAUGUCGUGUGGAAUAAGGAACGUGAUCAAAUUGUCGCUUCGAGAUGUUUACUUACUUAUCGCAACGUCAGAAGCGGAAGUGACGAAAAAUUCUUAAUCGAAGAAUUACGUAAAAUUGCAGCUCAGAGCAAAUAUGAUGUGUUUGUUUAUAACAUAUGGUUUGUGUUGUCAGAUCAGUUUUUUAAUAUGCCUGCAAUGUAUUUGAAAGCCAUAGGAAUCGCUAUUUUAUCAGUGUUUGUAAUAUUCUUUGCAUUUAUUUCUGGCAUAUCUUACAGUAUUGUUGUGUUACUUACGGUUAUUUGUAUUCAAGUAGAAACUUUGGGUUAUGGAAGUGCUUGGAAUGUGGGUUUAGAUCUUAUUUCUGUGACGUUUUUAAUAAUGAGUGCGGGAUUUUGUGUUGAUUACUCGGUGCACAUCGCUCACGCUUACAAAAAUUGCAAAGAAACAGAUCCUAGUGAGAAAAUAAAAGCAUCCUUGCAAGGCAUAGGAUAUCCGAUUGUUCAAGGAUGUUUAUCUACUGUCAUUGGAGCAUUUGUUUGCAUUUUCGGGCCGUCUUAUUUGUUUAUUGUAUUUUUUAAAGUAAUUGUUUUAGUUAUGAUAUUCUCAGUGUUUAAUGGUUUAAUUGUGUUACCCAUUAUUCUUAGUAUGGUCGAUUCCGUUCAUAUUCCUUGGAAAAAACAAAUAAAUAUUCUCGCUACACGAUAAUAUAACUAUUGCUGUUUGUAACAGUCGAUACUUUUUUGAAUUUAUGCAAGUUUAAAGAAAUAUCAUUUAUAAAAUUAAAUGUAUGU